CAAUCUAGUCCACACAUCAAAUUUCACCUAAUUUCUCCCGACCACAACCUUUUAGAUUCUCUUUUGCGCAAUAAAAGGGCUCCUUUCAUGAAAAGGAAAACGAAUUUCACAUUGAUCCAAAUUUUCAUAAUUGGGGAUUUUUAUUCUAUACUACUUUUUUUUCGAAUUGAAAUCCCCGAUUUGCGAUUUCACCUUUUGUUUUGUUCUUCCCGUUGAAGUUUCCCCUUUCAGGAAAGGAAAUCACGUUGACCCCAAUUUUUCGUUUUAGUUUUUUUUUUUUGUUUGAUUUCUACACAGUUCAUACCAGAGGAGAAAAAGGAAUACCUGAAUUGGUUCAUCUGCUGCUACCGAUGUGAUUCAGACUAGCUUUUAGCUUUUAGAUGUAAAUAUACAGCAUACCGUGUUGUUACAGAUUGAUAAAUUCCUCCAUAGUUGUGUGAAUCUGUAAUUUUAGAUAGUUCGAGAGAUGAAGCAAGCAAAGAAGAAGAACAAAUCGAGGGUUUCUAGAAAGGGUAAUACUGAAAAUCACGCCCAAACCGCUGAUCAGAAGGAGCAGAGGGCUUUGAAGAAUUUGCUGGAGGUUUUCGUCACUUUGUCGGUGGAGGAAGUUUCUUCAGCAUACAGAGAAGCCAAAGGGGACGAAAGCAAGGCUGCGGAGAUACUUGCGAAGGUCGAAGCGAUGGAGGAUCUGAGCACGACUUGCUCGAGCUCUAGUGGGAAUUACGAUGUGGGUUCGAGCUCCAGUUCGAAUGCGUCGGAUGUGUUUGGUUACGAGUUUAAGCAGAAGAACAAGUCGAAGAAAGUCGUUGCGUCCGCGGGCACUGUGUCUGCGAUGUUGGGGAAGGACUACGUGAGGUCUGUCUCGAAGAAGGGUUCGUCGAAACUGAAGGGUUUUCAUGAGGAGAGUUGGAGCAAGGAGGAAGCUGAACAGUUCUUGUGCUCCAUGCUUGGUGAUGACUGUGAAUUAAGCUUGGCUUUAGUUAGUGAUGUAUUGUGUCAAUGCGGAUAUAACAUAGAUAAUGCUUUAGAUGCAUUGCUUGAAUUAUCAGCUUCCUCAAAAGAGCAAGGCAGUGGCUAUUUUGACUGUACUAGGAGAGAAGAUGCUCAGUAUCUUCGUGAAUCAAAUGACAUGCUUGUUGACAGAAUAUCUGACUCAAAUUUUUGGUCGUCGGAUGUCGAACUUCAAGACAAUAUAUGGUUUACACGAAACAGGAAUCCUUCAAAAAUUUCCGAAUCCACUGAAUCUCACCCAUCGACAGAGACAGGGAACAUGGAGUCAGAACUUCCUCACAAGGUGUUGGAAUCCUUAUUUAAUAUGCCUAGUCCCAAGUCUACUGAACAUCAAUCGAACACCAUGAACUGGAAAAAUGUCGUAAAAAAAUUGACAUCCCUGGGUCAAAGACUUGAACCUGAUAACAAUGGAAAAGGGCAGCUUAGUCAUGCUAAUGGAGAUGAAUAUCAUGUGCUCAGAGGAGCUGCACAGCAGCACUGGGAUUCAAUGAAAUCGUACUAUCAGAAGGCUUCGACAGCGUACACAACUGGUGAGAAAGAAUAUGCAUCUUUCCUUUCUGAGCAGGGGAGGUUAAAGAGUAAAAUGGCUCGAGAGGCAGACGAAAAGGCAAGCCAGAAUAUAUUUACUGCUAGAAACAAAAGUAUAGAAAACAUGAUAACGAUUGAUCUCCAUGGACAACAUAUUAAACAAGGAAUGAAGCUAUUGAAGCUCCAUCUUCUCUUUGGAGCAUUCGUGCAAUCUGUGCGAUCAUUUAGGGUUAUCACUGGAUGUGGGAGCCAUGGUGUUGGCAGGUCAAAGCUGAAAAACUCGGUUAUUAAUCUUCUAAAGAAAGAAGGUAUAGCGUAUUCCGAAGAGAACAGUGGAACACUUCUCAUACGUCUCGACGGACAGACGGAUUUCAGCUUCUUAGAUACUGGCAGUGACAGUGAAUAAUAGCCUUUUAGCGCAAAGAGUCGAUUUACCCCUUUUUUUUGUCUUGCUGUAAGAAUUUCGUGAAAGCAUUUGUUAUUAGCUGAAGAUUGUAGCUGUAAUAACAUAUCUUAGAUUAAUGCUGAUCAUUGGUAGGUUUCUAAUUCCGACUUCUUGGCGGAAGGUAGACAAAUUGUUGGCGGUAAAGGUAGAGAGCACAGUUACAUACAUGAUGUAUGUAUGUAUAUUUAUUUACAACUUGUAAGAGAGGAACUUGUUUCCUUAUUAUAUGCCAACUGAGUUGAUGGUUGUAAAGUUGUAAACAAUCUUUUGAUGUCUGGAUAGAUUUAUGGGGUGUUUAUUUC